CGUUAGAGCAAGGAGAAAGAUGUCGCUGGAAAAUCGCAGAAGGAUGGAGGCUUUAUUCACCGUAGCGCUUAUCUUCUGCUCAGCUUUUACGUCAGGUGUUCAGGGGGACAGCCUCACCAUAUUGCAGGCCCCUGAGUAUGUGUCAUUCCAAAAGGGAGACUGGCCGAUAUCAGGGGAAAAGAUUCCAGAUAUGGUGGCUCUGACUAUGGGCUUCUCCGUCCAGGAGGAUCUCUCCUGGCCAGGCCUCCGGGCAGGUCCUUUGUUCCAGCGUCCCAGGGCCAACGUGCUGGUGGUGGUGAGGGGGGUGGACAGCUUGGCCCUGCCCCAGAGUGUGGCCUCUUACCCCCUGGAGAAUCCGGUGCCCUUCACCCUGGACAGUGUGGCUGAGACGGUUCACACUCUCUUUGCUGAGGACACUCCUGUGGUGCUCCAGCUGGCCCCUAGCGAGGAGAGGCUAUACAUGCUGGGAAAGGCCAACGCUGUGUUUGAGGACCUGCCUGUGACCCUGCAGCAGAUUCGUGCUCGUCUCUCCCAGGAUGGCUCUGUGCUCACCUCCCUGCCACUCAACUCCCUCAGCCGCAAUGCUGAGGCUGAUCUGCUCUUCCUGUCUGAGGUCCAGGUUCUACAUGACAUCACUGCCCUGCUGCAGAGACACAGGCACCUGGCCAAGGACCACUCCCCUGACCUAUACUCCCUGGAGCUGUCUGGCCUGGAGGAGCUGGGUCGUCGCUACGGACAGGACUCCUCUCAGUACCAAGACGCCACUGCCAUUCUGGCCAAUGUCCUACAGAAGUUUGGUGAGGACUUGUUUGGUCUUUAUGGUGACAGCGCGGUGGUGGAGGUUGUCACAGUGAAGAACUUUGAGGCGCCACUUACCAGGAAAUCUCGCUCAAUCCUGGAGUCCAAACAAAUUAGUAACCCUGGCAGUCCCUAUAACCUGGCCUAUAAGUAUAACUUUGAGUAUGCCGUGAUCUUCAACAUCGUGCUGUGGCUGAUGAUCAUUCUUGCCCUGGCUGUUAUCGUCAUCUCAUACAACCUGUGGAACAUGGACCCAGGAUAUGACAGCAUCAUCUACAGGAUGACCAAUCAGAAGAUCAGGUUGGACUAAGGUCUGCCCAGCAACACUCGAGCCCUCCUAUUAGCCCUCUCCUAGUGAAUCUUUGUUUUUCUUGUUUUGUUUGAAAAAUAAAGAAGUGGAGCUGAAGGUGUAGGCCUAAUUCUAAAUGGGUUGGAUAGGUUUAAACAGUAUGGUGAAAAUAAUUCCUCUUAGCAUAGUAUAGGCCAUGGUUGCACUAAUUACAAACCAGAUGGCGUAUACCUAUUCAACCUCUCAGCUAUAGACAAGCUUCUAGUGGUUGGUUAUGGACUUGGGAGUAGACCUCAGAGUAGCAGUUGUUCAGGGAGAGGUAAAGGUCCUAUCCAAUAUAAAUGAAAUGUAUAAGAGAUGCACUUAAUUAGUUAACCUCUGUGCAAUUUCUCAAAGGUGUUAACUAUACAGUAGAUGUGUAGUUUAAUGCUGAGUUGUAACACUAGAGCGGUCUCUGAGGCCUAGUCCUGUACCUUCAACCCCACACUUCACAUUGCUUAUGAGUGUCCUCUUUAGUAGUCGUCCCACAUCCCUGGGGAUUUCAAAUGUCUUGUUUUAUUUUUAUUGUAAAAAGUAAAGAUGAUUAUUCUAAUGCCCUGAAAGACUGAGAAUUGGUGUGUGAUGUAAAUGUUUGUCUCGCUAUUUGAAACUGUUUCUAAGUUAAAGUGAAAUCUAGGUGUGUAUAUAUUAAAGUUAGAAAUAAAAAUAUCCUGAAGGAAACUGCUUUAUUGGUAUUGUGAGAAGGUCUGUGUAACAUUCGCUGGCAGGUUGCAAAGGCGCCUUGCAUGCAUUUUGCGGUUGUAUGACUUUGACAUUUGAAUAUGCAAUAAAUGAAUUACCAUCUAA